AUGGCUCUCAGACCGUGCAAGGUCAUUAUCGCGGGCGGCGGUGUCGCCGGACUCUCUCUGGCACUUAUGCUGGAGAAGCAUGGCAUUGACUAUCUACUUCUAGAAGCAUACCCCCAAGUCUUGGCUACUGUUGGCGCGGGUAUCGCUCUCGCUCCUAAUGGUCUCCGCAUCAUUGAACAGUUGGGGUGCUAUGAGGAUCUGCAGAAGUGUUCGGAGGGUGCGGACCAAGUUCACUUUCGCAAGCCUGAUGGAGAGACGCUCUGGGGGCUGGAUGAAGGAUUGGCUGAGACGUGUAUUGCGAAGUGGGUCCCUCUUGCUUGCUUGGUCACUCAAUCGCAUGGGUAUACCUAUAUGUGGAUGGACAGGAAGUCUCUCCUGGAGGUUUUGUACAACAACAUUGCGGACAAAUCGAAGGUUUUGCCUGGCAAGCGUGUAGCUAGUGUCAUGCAUACCGACAAUAGUGUUGAUGUCGUCACAACUGAUGGGUCAACGUACUCUGCCGAUAUCAUCGUUGGAACAGACGGCACCCAUUCCAAGCUGAGGCAGGAAAUGGUUAGAUACGCCGAAGACCUAGGGCUCAGCGAGGAUUAUGCAGAAGAAGACAAGGUCGCUGCAAGUUAUAGCUGUCUCUUUGGAAUGUCUGAUCCCGUCCCAGGCUUCCCUAGUCGCUCACUUGAAUUUGUGACAAAUGAAGGCUUCUCAUAUGUGCUGGGUGCUGGUCCUGCUGGGCGCGUCUAUUGGUUCCUGAUGGAGAAGAUGAAGCAGACAUACUACGGUGCCGACAUCCCUCGAUUCAGUGAAGAAGACAAGCAGCGCACUCUUCAAGAGCAUUGGAAUGACCAGGUCACGCCAAAUGUUCGCCUGUCCGAUCUCUACAAGCGUCAGUUGAGCACGAUAUAUACACCAAUGCCAGAGUUCGUCUACAAGAAAUGGCACCUGGGAAGGAUCAUUACUAUUGGAGACGCUUGCCACAAGUUGGCGGGAUCGGUACAGGUCCUCCCUAUUACCGCGCAAGGGGGUAAUCAGGCUUUGGAAAGCGCCGCGGCCGUGGUGAAUGGCUUGAUGACAGCGUUGUCGCAGGCCUCGGGCUCAGGCCCGCUCUCUCAGUCGGAGAUUCAGUUAAUGUUUGAGCGAGUGCAGAACAUUCGCGAGCCGCGCACAUUUAGUAUCAUCGAAACAACACACAAACGACAGAGAUUGGACACAAUGGAUACCCCGGAGCUGAAGGAGUUUCUGCUUACUAAGUAUGCAGGGCUGAUGCCAGGGGAGUUGUGGAAACGAUGGGCUCAUACAUUUACCCCGGCCGUGUCUUUGGAUAUGCUCGAUCUGCCUGCUAGACCGAAGAGUGUUCCCUUUGACGAUGAGGCCUUGAGAAAUAAGGAUAGCAACAAAGCUCUGGAGGCGCACCUGUAG